AUUUCAAUUCAAACAGGCAACACUUCAGAUUGGAUAAAAAUGGCAUACCUAGUUUUUCACGUAAAUGACAACCAUACAUUCCUUUAAAUGCAGUUGAAACCCAAUUGAUUUAACGAAUAUGAAAGACAACAGAUUCUUUUGUAAGAGUACUGUUACCCAGCUACACAAGAUGAGGGUGAGACUUGUCCCGGCACUGGAAGAUAACUACAUGUACUUACUGAUUGAUGAGACCUCCGGACAAUGUGCUGCAGUAGAUCCUGUAGAACCAGAUAAGAUACUGUUGGCAGUAAAAAAAGAGAAUGUGGAGCUGUCAUGCGUUCUAACCACCCAUCAUCACUGGGACCAUGCUGGGGGAAAUGAGGAGUUUGUCAAGAAAGCCGGCUCUAUGCCUGUGUAUGGGGGAGAUGAUAGGAUAGGUGCACUUACAGAGAAAGUCACACAUGGGACAAAAAUAAAGGUGGGGAAUCUGAAUGUUGAGUGUUUAUUCACACCUUGUCAUACAUCUGGCCACAUCUGCUACUAUGUGACAGGAGAUGAGGCAGAUCCUGCAGUGUUUACAGGUGACACCUUAUUCAGCGGGGGUUGUGGCCGGUUCUUUGAGGGAACGGCCCCACAGAUGUAUGAUGCGUUGAUUAAUAUACUUGGGAAACUGCCUGCUCACACGAAGGUAUUCUGUGGUCAUGAGUAUUCAGUCCAGAAUCUCAAAUAUGGACACCAUGUGGAACCAGACAAUGCUGACAUAACAGAGCGGUUGAAUUGGGCUAUGAAGCAGAGAUCCAGUAGCCUUCCAACCAUACCAACUACAAUAGCAGAUGAGUUCAAGAUCAACCCCUUUAUGAGAGUUGGUGAAUCAUGUGUACAUAAACAUGUUGGCGGAGAAAAUGACCCCAUCAAGGUGAUGCAACUCAUCCGUAAGGAAAAGGAUACCUUCCAAGCAAAGUGAAUAGAAGACAAUAAACAUGUUCUAGUACAUUUGUUUAAUAUAUCAAAACGCUUAUAGAAAUAAUCAAAUGCUUUUUU